UUAAAUUUACUAGGGAUUAUCCAGAAUCUCGUAUUCGAUAAUCCUUCUUAAACACAUCAUCUAGCGGGUGGGUAGGUGCAGUUUAAUCCGGUAAAGUAAAGUACGGAAUUUAGACAUACUAAGAUACUCUUCAAAGGAGGCGAAUCAUUAUCCGGGAACUUUCCGAAACAGAGUGUCCUUCAAAAACGCACCGAAAAAGUUAAAAUAAAAAGAAUAAAAUAAUGCCAAAAAGUAAAACCAAGAAAAGGAGCGGGACAGAUGCGAAUGAGAAUAGGCCUAAACGCAGCAGACAAUCCCAAGGCGGUUUGGUGGAAACACCGGUUAACAGUGCCAGUCAGGGAGGCGGCGAUGUAGAAGCGCGGGAAUCACCAUUACAAGGUACAGUCAUGUCUGCAGGCUAUGCGGAGGAAAACAUGCACAGACAGUAUGCCACACUGGUCAAUAGUACCUCACCUCUUUAUCAGAUCGGCAAUACACCAUUAAAUAUCACUGAAUUACUAAAAGCUUUGAAACUUUACCCAUUUAGUGCAGCAAAAGACCUUAUCACAGGCAUAUCAAAAGGUUUUCCCUUACAAUACGAGGGCCCCCGGGUACACAGAGACUCUCCAAAUUUACGCAGUGCCAGGGAACUCCCAGGGGUCCUGCAUACAAAAAUAAUUAAAGAAAUACAAGUCGGUAGGGUAGCAGGCCCAUUUCUCAGAAUCCCAUUUCCAACAUUACAAAUUUCUCCCAUUGGUUUAGUUCCCAAAAAAGGCGGUGACUACCGUCUAAUUCACCACCUGUCUUAUCCCAGAAAUAGAUCUAUUAAUGACUAUAUUGAUGAAGAUCAUUGCUCUGUGUCGUACUCAACAAUUGAUCAAGCGGCAGAUAUGGUUGCCAGAUUAGGUCAGGGUGCCCUACUUAGCAAAUCUGAUGUAAAGUCAGCAUUUCGCCUUCUCCCCAUUUCCCCAGCAGACUUUGAUCUGCUUGGUUUUAAAGUAAUGGUCGGAGAAAAAGGUAAACCAGUUACUUACUAUUUUUAUGACAAAAUGCUUCCCUUUGGGUCUUCAAUUAGCUGCGCCCUCUGGGAAAAAUUUGCUUCCUUUUUACAUUGGGUGGUAGUUGCCAAUAGUCAUAACUCAAACAUCUUGCAUUAUCUAGAUGACUUCCUAUUUGGUGAGUCAUCUAAUCAUAUUCAACCUGGACAUACAUUGCAAUCUUUUGAAAAUACUUGUAAAAAAUUUGGUAUACCAAUUGCGCUUGACAAAACAUGUGCUCCAUCUACAUGUUUGGUUUACCUGGGGGUUGAAUUUGAUACUGUACAGAUGUCAAUGCGGUUACCUAAUGAUAAGCUCGUAGAUCUUAGACAAAAAAUUAUCAUAGCAAUAAAUGCUAAAAAAAUUUCCCUCAAGGACAUGCAGUCCCUACUAGGAUCUUUGAAUUUUGCUUGCAGAGUUAUUGCCCCAGGGCGAGCAUUCUGCAGAAGGCUAAUUGAUGCAACCAUAGGUGUAAUAAAACCUCAUCAUAAGAUAAGGGUUUCUGCCAAUAUGCGUAAAGACCUAGGUCUUUGGUUACAUUUCCUCCAGUCAUACAAUGGAAUAACCUUGAUAUCUGACCCUAUUUGGCUUUCAGACAACACCCUUGAAAUAUAUACCGACAGUUCAGGUGGUGUUACAGGAGGGUAUGGUAUCUAUUUUGCAGGCCAUUGGUCACAGGGCUCAUGGCCUUCACAUUGGGUUAUAGGAGGACUCACUAGAGACAUGACUCUGUUAGAGUUUUUUCCAGUUGUGGCAGCCAUUGUUACUUGGUCAAAUUCUUUUCGUAAUAAGAAAAUAUUAUUCCACAUAGAUAAUCAAGCUGUGAUACAUAUCAUUUCAUCUCAAACAUGUAAAUCUGAGAGAAUUAUGAAUCUAGUUAGACAUCUAGUUUUGGUUAUGCUAACUCACAAUAUCUCUAUUAAAGCCACUUAUAUCCCUUCUAGAAAAAACGUCAUAGCAGAUGCACUUUCUCGUUCACAGUGGGCAAGAUUCAGACAGGCAGCGCCAGAGGCAGACUGGCAACCCACACAGAUUCCAUCCCACCUGUGGAACAUCUAGAUAGUAUUGCACAGCUAUUAAUUUCUAAUUCAGUGGCUGCAUCUACCCGUAAAACCUAUGCAACAAGCAUUCAAAAGUUAUCCAACUUUAGAAAUAACUAUCAAUUACCAGACACUUGGCCAGUCCCUAUUAAAGAUUUACUUCUUUUUAUUGCUUAUUACGCCCAGCAAGGUCUGUCCGCCUCUUCAAUUUCUACUUAUAUGUCGGGAAUUGGUUAUGCCCAUAAAGUGGGUAGUCUAACAGACCCCACAAAAUCCUUCUUAGUGAUUAAGGCAAUUGAGGGCCUACGCCGCCUAAAAGGGAGGCAUGUUAAUGAUUUAAGGGCUCCUAUUACACUUACCUUACUUGAUAAAAUGAUUUACAGUCUAAAAUAUAUAUGUAGCAACAAAUAUGAACAAGUCAUGUUCACUGCAGCUUUCUCCUUGGCAUUCUUUGGUUUGCUAAGAGUCAGUGAGUUCACAGUACCCAGCACUAUAUCGUCUAACCAUAAACAGUUGUUAGUUAGUGAUGUUCAUCUAUCUAAUAACACAGUCUUUUUAAAAAUUAGAUGGUCAAAAACUGAUCAGCUAGGUCUAUCGGUCACAUUACAAAUUAAAGCUAAUGGUGGGAUCCAUUGUCCAGUUAACAGUCUAUCAAAGUACCUUAAGAACCGUCCCCAUGCAGCCGACAGGGAUAAUCUGUUUAUCCACUUCAAUACCAAGCCCCUGACAAAGUAUCAAUUUUGUUCACUUUUACAGAAAGCUUUACAAUUUAUAGAUGCUCCCGAUCAUGUCAGAUCACAUAGCUUUCGCAUUGGUGGAGCAACAUACCUCCACAGUAUUGGGGUGCCCGACGACAGAAUUAAGGUCAUGGGACGCUGGAAGUCUGAGGUUUUCACUCGUUAUAUCAGGUUAAACCCCUAAAUAAUUUCCUUUUUCUCCUAUCUUUACAACACAUCAACCAAAAACUAACUGUCCCCAAGUUAUUUCAGGUCAUAAAUGUCUCUGGAUUAUGGGGUCCUCCAUUGUUCACUGGGCUGAAAGAACUGCAAGGCUGGAUGACCCACAACUUGGUUUUACAAAGCAUAACAUGUCAGUUAAGUGGAAGGGAUGCAGAGGUCUCGUUUUUGAUGGUUUAGAUAAACUCAUGGACUCGAUGUUAAUGGAAAUGCCAAAACCACAAUUUAUAUUGAUUCAUUGCGGCUCCAAUGAUCUGACAUCAGAGGGAGUCACAGGUAAAAUGUUGAUAGAAAAGAUUCAGUGUUCAAUCCUGAGAUAUCAAGCACUUUUCUGUAAAACUACAAUAAUAUGGUCAUCAAUCCUUCAAAGGAGGUACUGGCACUAUGCACCUCUUGGUGCUGGAAAGAAAAUAGAAAAAAAACGAACAAGAGUGAAUAUUGCAAUCAAAUCCUUUAUUCUUAAAAAUGGAGGUCAAUACAUUGACAAUAACAAUAUUUCUGCUAAGGAGGUAAACUUAUUCCAUACUGAUGGAACACACUUGUCAAGCUUGGGUAAUUCCAUUCUUAUCAACAACUGGAAGACAGCUUUGCAGUCUCUGAUUAACAGUACACCAGACAAUUCUUUACUAACAUUACCAACAGCCACCCUAUAGACAUCAUAAAAGCUGUGAAUGUCAUUACAUGUUAUGACUGAAAUGAAUAUCAAAAACUGUUACAUUCAUUUAUCUUAAAAUGUAUACUGUUCAUUUAUCUUAAAAUGUAUAUAAGUAAUCCUAUUCCAAAACAUGUUUACAAUAUUGUUUAUGUAUAAAUUUUAUAAUGGAAGAAAAAAUGUUAUUUUCUGUGGCGGCCCGGGGAGACGAAAAAGGGGGUUACGGGUACUGUCUGGCUCUUUCUCCUGGCCUGACUUGCUUGAAAGCAUGCAGGUUCAUUGUAUGUAUUAGUUUUAUGUAUUAUGGUGGGGUGCACUCCAGGGUUACGUUGGCACCCCCCUCCACCUCUACGUAUGGAGGGGAGGCCCAGGGCAGGGCUACGUCCGGGACCCUCGUUGCUCAGGAGUCAGAUGUAAUCUUGGCAGCCCGCUAACACCUGUCCACUUAAGCGUGUUCAACUUUUGGGACUGACACCAGGUUGUAAACCUGGGUCACUGACUUGCCAGUGUAACAAGGCAGUUAGUAGUCUCCCCGGGACUGGAUAAAAUUUAUGGGUUUUGCCCGUCUGCAGCCAAAAUUUCCGCCACAAGGUUAUGAAGUACCUUAAUAAAAGUAUAAUUGUCAAAUUAUCAUGUUGUUUAUCUGUUAUUAGUUCUGGUCGCACACAUAAGUGACUAUGUGAUGCCAAGUGUAAAAUCAGUUAUUGUAAACAGAGAGUAAUAUUCAAGUUCUCUUCAGAAGAGAAAUAAAAGAUUGUGAUAGCAGGGUGUCCGUAGUAUUAUAAAGGAUGUAUGUGAUUUAAUAGGGAUUAUCCAGAAUCUCGUAUUCGAUAAUCCUUCUUAAACACAUCAUCUAGCGGGUGGGUAGGUGCAGUUUAAUCCGGUAAAGUAAAGUACGGAAUUUAGACAUACUAAGAUACUCUUCAAAGGAGGCGAAUCAUUAUCCGGGAACUUUCCGAAACAGAGUGUCCUUCAAAAACGCACCCGCCCGCCCUCCCCUUUAUGAGAACAAUUUCUGCCGCCUUUUCUUUCUCUUUCAGGGACUCUUUUUCUUAACAGUCUUACAGCAGCCAGCUUCCAGAGAACCUCCAACCUCAUCUGGAUAUUGGUUUAGAAUCCGGUUUCGGAGUUUUGUGCCAUCAGGAUUUUUGUGUGCACUGAAACUGUUUGUACAAAGGAUCUUGUUAACAUACCUGUGUGCCAGUACAGACUGGAGAACAAUACAUCCUAAUAAUUAAUACUUUACAAUAGUGAUAAUUUUUACAAACAUAUGGAAGGGAUUUCUUCAACUCAAUUUAGUCAUACAAGUUCCAGUUCUAGUAAGGCUAGUUAACAUUCAAGUUCAGAGUAAAAGUCAAAUUACUCCUUGGAACUCAGGAAGUGAACUUCAUCUUUACAGUGGUUACAUUAACGCUCUACAUCUACGUGUUUCAUAAUGUUGCCUUUAAAAAAAAAAAAAAAAAAAAAAAAAAAAAAAAAAAAAAAAAAAAAAAAAAAACAGACAGCGAUAUAUGUCAAAGUUAUUAACAGUAUAGGAAUUUAUUAGGACUACUAUAAAUAAAUUUCUUGCAGUUUGUUUUGCAGUUAAAUCACAGGCGCAGAGAAGGGUACAAUUUUCGAUCUGGGGGAGCGGCCCGGGGAGACGAAAAAGGGGGUUACGGGUACUGUCUGGCUCUUUCUCCUGGCCUGACUUGCUUGAAAGCAUGCAGGUUCAUUGUAUGUAUUAGUUUUAUGUAUUAUGGUGGGGUGCACUCCAGGGUUACGUUGGCACCCCCCUCCACCUCUACGUAUGGAGGGGAGGCCCAGGGCAGGGCUACGUCCGGGACCCUCGUUGCUCAGGAGUCAGAUGUAAUCUUGGCAGCCCGCUAACACCUGUCCACUUAAGCGUGUUCAACUUUUGGGACUGACACCAGGUUGUAAACCUGGGUCACUGACUUGCCAGUGUAACAAGGCAGUUAGUAGUCUCCCCCGGGACUGGAUAAAAUUUAUGGGUUUUGCCCGUCUGCAGCCAAAAUUUCCGCCACAAGGUUAUGAAGUACCUUAAUAAAAGUAUAAUUGUCAAA